CCUUAAUGACCCCUUGGGAAGGUGCCCCAGUUGCUGUAGUCCCUGUUGCGGGGUCUCUGUCUCUCUCUCACACACACACACACACAGUACUGUUGGGGAGACGGGUGCCGAGAGUGUAAGACUUUCGCAAGCGCCUGAGAAAAAGCAAUGAUCCGGGAAGGAGGGGGUUAAUACUUCUAUGUGAUGGAUGAAAAGCUCAGGUCUUUGAGAAAAGCUUACUGGACGCCCGGAGACUCUGUAAGCCACUUCCUGUUUCUCAGACUGUAUUGUCACAACUUGACAGUGGUCUUUCAAACAGUGUAUAACAGGUUAGGCACAGGGUCCUGUGUCCCUGGUUCUCACUGUACAAUGAGAGAGAGAGAGAGUAGGAGGAAGGAUAACUUAUAAAAACGGGAGGAGAGAGACAAACGUAGCACCUGUGCAGGAGCUGGAGACGACCAUGGCAUUUGGAAGUGACUGUUUGUAAUUUCUCACACUGAAGUGUAAGACUGACUGUGAAUCCAGUUGAGCCCAAGAUCUGGGUGAGUUAUGCCAAGUUUCGGCUGAGGGUGCUGCUGGAGAACGUUUUUGUGAAAGAGGAGAAAUGCUUGACUGAAUAGCAACUUGCUGCUGACCUGGAGAGCCGGCUGCUGUUGGCAAACGCAGGGAUUGGAACUAAACAGCCUGACAUCAUGGGGCAGAGGGACUUCAGACCACGGGGGUGAAUUGGCCCAGCUCCUGUCAUCAUCUGGGACUCUGCACAGUCCACCGGGGACUCUCCACCACAUCGAGCCGCAACUUCGACUUUUAAGCUGUAGGAUAUCUUAAGCUCCUAUGGCAUGUCGGAAUCGACUUGUGCACAGGAAAAGCUCCCACAAACAGCAGGCGCGGUUUCACGUGACGGGACGUCAACUUGCAAAUUUCCCGAGUAGGUAGGAUCCCCCACUCAGCCGCCAAACUUUACAGCGAUUGGGAAGAGGAUACACAUUGGGGAACUUAACGGCGCCCUUCCGUCGCCAUUGACCAGACUCCAUUGGAAGCAGUGCACCCACCCUCCCCACCCCCCCUCACUCCCCUGACUGGAUUUGUUCAUGGAAACUGGUUGAUCCCUAGCGGGGAGGACUGUCCCAGACCGUCGACUGGGUGACGUGCGUUUCAGGCGAUGGGUUUGUCCAGGAGAUUGGCGACACCGAUGGCCUGAGCGCUCCCUGCCCCACGUCUCGCUCCCCCCCCCCCCCCCCCACCUCCCCCACAACCCCCGCCGAAGAAAAUGUGCAACGUUAGCGAUGAGAGCUGCGACGUGGACUCCCGGCUGGACAGCCUCUUCCCUCCAACGCUGUACAUCUUCGUCAUCGUCAUCGGGCUCCCCACCAACUGCCUGGCCCUCUGGGCGGCCUACCUGCAGGUCAAGCAGAGGAAUGAGCUGGGGGUUUACCUCCUCAACCUCUCCAUCUCUGACCUGCUCUACAUCGCCACCCUGCCGCCAUGGAUCAACUACUUCCUCCACCAGGACAACUGGAUCCUGGGCCCCGAGUCCUGCAAGCUCUUUGGCUUCAUCCUCUACACCAACAUCUACAUCAGCAUCGCCUUCCUCAGCUGCAUCUCAGUCGACCGCUACUUGGCCGUGGCCCACCCGUUGAGGUUUGCCAAGAUCCGUCGGGUCAAGACGGCGGUUGUCACGAGCGUGGUGGUCUGGACGAUCGAGAUCAUCGCCAACUGCGCCCCACUCUUCCACAAUGAACUCUUCGAAGACCGCUUCAACCACACCUUCUGCUUUGAGAAGUACCCCAUGGAAAAGUGGGUGGCCCAGAUGAACCUCUACCGCGUCUUCAUCGGGUUCCUGUUCCCCUGGAUCCUGAUGCUGUUCUCCUACCAGGGCAUCCUCAAGGCCAUCAAGGGCAACCUGUCCACCGAGAAGGGGGAGAAGGUGAAGAUCAAACGCCUGGCCCUCAGCCUCAUCGUCAUCCUCCUGCUCUGCUUCGCGCCGUACCACAUCAUCCUGCUCCUGAGGAGCGUCAUGUACCUGAGCAGGCCGUGGGACUGCAGCUUCGAGGAGAACAUCUUCACGGCCUACCACGUCUCGCUGGCCCUGACCAGCCUGAACUGCGUGGCCGACCCCAUCCUUUACUGUCUGGUGAACGAGGGCGCCCGCAGUGACAUGACCAAGGGCCUGGCGCCGCUCCUGAAGUUCUUUGCCAGCUCCAAGUCGACGGAUAUUGCCCGGUCCGUCACCCUGGACACCCCUCUCUCCUCCAAAAAAUCCCAAUAUUUCAACAUUGAGCUGGUGGUACUGCGGGAGGACUGUAUUCAAAUGAAGACUUUGAGUUUAUAAAGAAUGAAGGACUAAAAAUUAAAAUCCAAGGGUUGAAUGUUGUUUUAGUAUUGUUAGCAUCAUAAAUGUAUUUUUAUAACAGUCCUGUAUGCGGCAAUGAUUUUUAUUUUAAAAGAAACCUUAUUUAAAUCAUUUUGAACUGCUGAGUAACCCUCCCAUCAGGCCUCCAUUUUCUUUCCUGCUGUCUAUUUUGAGAUUUACUUUGUCUCCUUCUCCCUUGCCGUACUUCCUGUGGCCACUGGAGGGUGGAUGGGGGCAUGCUUAGGAUGGGCCAAGAUGGCUGCCAUGCCAACCCCAAGGGAUACCGACUGGGGUCGGGUGGAUUCCUGGAGUUUUCAUCACAUGAUCACUCUUUCUGCCAAUGGCCUUCCAGCACAUACACUGGGGUGGGGAGGAGCCAACUAGGCAUCACUCUGUCACCCGAUUGGAUGACGCUAGGCUCUCAGGCGAGCCACCAUUUUCCCAUGGGAGGUUCCUCCACGGUGGCUGCCAACAUUGGGAUUCAUCUCCAGUUCCUGGAGCCUCCAGGAACGCUAUACCCUCUGUCCACAAUCUGACAUCCGCUGCAUGCCUCCAUGUGGGUGCUCUGUCAAAAUGGAGGUGUGUGGUGGGAAAACGAAACCCCGUCCUAAACAUCUGGGCAGCUCUCGUACCCAGUCACCAGCUGUUUGUCAGCAAAACUAUUUAAGGUGCUUGAUGUGUUUGGCUAAUAUGUUAAAAUGGAUUGAAGAUUGUCCUUGGAUAACUGUUCCUUGCUUUAAUUCUUUCACAGGAUGUGUGCAUCACCGACUAGGUUGCCCAACCCUAAUUGCCCCUUGAGAAGGUGGUGGUGAGCUACCUUCUUGAACCGCUACAGUCCUUGUGGUAUAGGGACACCCUUGGGGAGGGAGUUCCAGGAUUUUGACCCAGUGGCGUUGAAGGAACGGCGAUAUAUUUCCAAAUCGGGAUGGGGAAGUGGGACAUUCGCAGGGGGUGGUGUUCCCAUGUUUCUGCUGCCCUUGUCUGUCUAGAUGAUGGAAGUCAUGAGUUUUGAAGGUGGUGUCUGAGGAGAUGUGGUGAGAUGCUGCAGUGCAUCUUGUAGAUGGUACACACUGCUGCG